CCUUGUUCUCCUUUUUUCUCCCCACGUUCCCGAGGCCGCUGUGUUUUUAUCAGCCUCCGACCCGCAGUCGGCCUGAGACCGAGCACCAUGCCUUCAAUUAAGUUGCAGAGUUCCGAUGGAGAGAUAUUUGAAGUUGAUGUUGAAAUCGCCAAACAGUCUGUGACUAUCAAGACCAUGUUGGAAGAUUUGGGAAUGGACGAUGAAGGAGAUGAUGAUCCAAUUCCUCUACCAAAUGUUAAUGCAGCAAUAUUAAAAAAGGUCAUUCAGUGGUGCACCCACCACAAGGAUGACCCCCCUCCUCCUGAGGAUGAUGAGAACAAAGAAAAGCGGACAGAUGAUAUCCCCGAUUGGGACCAAGAAUUCCUGAAAGUUGACCAAGGAACACUGUUUGAACUUAUUCUGGCUGCGAACUACUUAGACAUCAAAGGUUUGCUUGAUGUAACAUGCAAGACUGUUGCCAAUAUGAUCAAGGGGAAAACUCCUGAGGAGAUCCACAAGACCUUCAAUAUCAAAAAUGACUUUACUGAAGAAGAGGAAGCCCAGGUACGCAAAGAGAACCAGUGGUGUGAAGAGAAGUGAAAUGUUAUGCCUGACACUGUAACACUGUAAGGAUUGUUCCAAAUACUAGUUGCACUGCUCUGUUUAUAAUUG